AUGGCCAUGAUUUCCCCCUUCUCGGAAGCGCCUCACCAGGCCACUGCGGCGCCGCAGAGCUACUUCGAGAUCCAAGAAGAUUCCGCGCACGGCGAUACCCUUGCGGACAAAUAUCAGAUGCUGGAAGAACUAGGUAGCGGCUCGUUCGGUGUUGUCUACAAGGCUAUAGAGAAAGGGACGGGUGAAAUCGUCGCCAUCAAACAUGUGGAUCUCGAAUCUUCUGAGGAAGACCUUUCCGAUAUCCUGUCCGAACUCUCCGUCCUCUCAUCAUGCUCAAGUCCGCACGUCACCAAAUAUCGCCUGGCGUUUCUGCGGCGACAGACUUUGUGGAUUGUCAUGGAAUACCUCGGAGGCGGAUCAUGCGCAGACCUCCUCAAGCCGCCUCCCCAUCGUCUGUCAGAAAGUCACAUCGCCAUCAUAUGUCGAGAGCUGCUCCUCGGCUUGGCGUACUUACACGGUGAGGGAAAAUUACACCGAGAUAUCAAGGCCGCAAAUAUUCUGCUCGGUAUGGAUGGUCGGGUGAAGCUGGCCGACUUCGGCGUCGCUGCGCAGCUGGUUGGGUUGAAGAGCAUGAGGAACACUUUUGUCGGGACUCCUUUUUGGAUGGCACCCGAGGUCAUCCAGCAGGAAGGUCAUGACGCCAAAGCGGACGUCUGGAGUUUGGGCAUCACGGCAAUGGAAUUGGCAAACGGCGAACCUCCGCAUGCCAAUGUUCACCCCAUGAAAGUCCUAUUUCUGAUACCGAAACAGCCUGCGCCGCGGCUAGAAGGGCCCAAUUGGUCCAAAGACUUCAAAGACUUUGUUGCUUGCUGUCUAACCAAAGAUGUCGACAAGAGGAAAAGUGCAAGGGAAUUGCUCAGCCAUCGGUUCAUCCGGUCCGCUGGGAAGAUUGAAGGUCUCCAGGAGCUGAUCGUGCGAAAGCAGGACUGGGAAGCUAGCAAAGGGGGAGACAGAAAUUUGAAGUACUACGCCGAAACCCUCAAAAACCUGUCGCAGGGCCGGAAUGACGAUGACUGGGUGUUUGAGACCGUCAAAGCUGUGCCCACUAUGGAUUUCAAGGACUUUCACACCCAGAGGAAGAGGAAGGCUGGGAGAACACCAGUCGACGUCCUGGGUGAUGGCUCCGAGCAAAGCGCCGCACAUAUGAUGGAGGGGUUGACUCUUGACCGUCGACCAGAACCUCAACAGAGUCCAACCAAGCUGACGAUGCGGAAGAUCUCAGAGUCAACACAGCAACAGUACCACAAAGACCGAAGGGACUCUACUGAUUCGUUAGCAGGCAAGAGGACAAACAGGAAGAGGCUGUCCAGCACCCAAGUACGGCAGCCACUGGGAGUGAACAUGUCGUUUGGCAACAGCCCAAGCACAGUCCGACAAUUUAGACGCGUAUCACCAAAUGCGAACACGAGCCCGAACACGGAGAAUGAGGAUCCGAACUCUAGCGUCAUCCGGACUCCGUCAAAAGCCAAACCUGACCUGUCCUCUCUGGUGGAUAUUGAGGCUUCAUUGCUGUCAAAGCCUGAUAAAGCAUCAAGAUUCUCCUCGACCGCCACGACCAUCGCGAUAGAGACGAAGGAGGCGAAUCUUGGCCGUAAACUCUACUCGAACGCAAUUGGUAUUUCGUGUCAAGACGUUCUCAAUGACACCGCCGACGAAGUCAAACGCGAGGCUGUUGCGCGGCUAGCCGAGGCCUUCUCCGACUUGGAAAGCGUGGAUCCAGAUGGCCUGUAUCACAUUAUGCAGUCAAUCAUCUCCAAGAUGAAGCAGGACGAGACGUUGAAGCAUAUGCUGCCCCAGCAACCUUUGACGAUGUCGCCAUCCAAGGAGAUGCUGCAGUCCCCUCAGAAGCUCAAUGACCCACACAUGUCGACGGCAUCACCGCAGCCCAUUGGCCCCAACGAGAGCAGACAGGUUACUCCUAGCACACCGACGGGGAAAGGAGCCGUGGGUGCCAAACUGGUCCUUGCGCAGAACAAUCCACACCUCAAGAGUCAUCGACGGAGGCAAAGUGCACAAGCUGCCAUUGUCAAGUCCCGUGACACGAGUCAAGUCUUUGCAAGUCCGCUAAGAAACACAAGUGUUGAAGAGAAACAAAAAGCAAGUCUGUUGGAGGCUGAAAAUCAAACGGAGAAGGAGAUGAUGAGCGGGUUAGUAGGUGGGUUGGAACACACGAGACAACUUGCAGAUGCACUAUUCGAGAGAUGGUGCGAGGGGUUGAGGGUCAGAUGGCCAGCUGUUUAA